AUCGCGGCCCUGGACGAGCAUAAUCCGGACUACGCAAUUUUACUGCACUGUUUCUGCGGAUGGCACCGCCAACGAUAACACAGUGUACCAAAGAUCUCUUCACAAUGGAUUUGAAAAGCCUUCGUGAUCCGGCCUACCUGCCAACUAGAGACAACCGCGGGAGGUGUCGGGAGUGUUAACAAUGAGAGACAGCCUUUACCGUGGUUGAACAUCACUACAGGUAAGUAGUUGCCCGUUUUGUAAAGUACGGCGAAAAUGCACUCGUAGAAGCAAAUUAAGCCUAUAUAAAUUUAAUACACUUAUCAUGGACAUGCAUGUACACUCAGAAAUAUAUGCUUUCGAGCGCCUAAUAUCUAUAGAUUGCCACCAGCAUUGGUAAAUAACCUUCUUUUAGCCAUACUUGCAGUUAACAAAUCUGCAGACAUCUACUCUAAAGAAAGACUGAAUGAUUGGGGACAAAAUGCAAGCUUGUUAUUCCAUAAGCAGUCUACAGGCAGGUUAUAAACAUUCUAUGGACAGUCUGACCAAAUUUUUAUGAGGAUACGCACAUUUUUGCGCACUCACAAGGUCUGUGAUUUUCUAAUAAUUUUCUAUUUCAGACGAAUAACGAAGACAUUCUAUUUUUGUUACUCUGUUCAUCUUCUUUGUGAACGGCUGCCUGAGAGUCUUGCAGAUGCAGAAACGUGAAAUGAUCAUGCAAGCAGGGACAUGAACAACGUUAGCUCGUGAUGCAACGAGUAAGUAGGAAAUUAAGUUUUCUUGUAAUCAUAUGUUCAAUUUCAGCCUUUCUUGUCAGUAGUGCGCAGUAAUCUAUCCCAUCUUAUGUUAAAGGUUUAAUUGGGCCGCUACAGCCUUCGUAAACUCUACUCGCCUCAGUCUGAUGUAAUGAGCCCAUUACGACACAUGAAUUUGAGCUAGUCAAACAGAAGAUUAGGAGGUUGCUUAUAUUCUAACGAAAGUAUACUAACUAUUCUUCUGCGCCUACGCAGGCGGCGUCAAUGGUCGGCACGUUAGGGCCAUGCGAGAGGCGCCUACUAUUGCGGCAUGGCUCUGGCUCUGGCUACUGGCUUGGGGCCCGGGCUCUCGGGCCUGGAAGCGGGACGAGAUGCCAUCUCAGAGCCGGGCACGAACCCUCGACUCACUCUACAUUUCGCCGCAGUACGCCGUUGCCCUGACCGUCGGCACGGGCAAAUUGCUGGCCGCCUGGUCGCGCAACAACUGCGGCAUCCAGCACACCAGCGACGGCGGCCUGGUCAUCACCGGGCACCAAUGCUACGAGGUGCCUAUAGUCGACAUGUCCACGUGGCCCGUGCCGGCGUCUGGCAUUGCAAUGCACCUCACAUCAGUGCGUUACCUCUCUGAGAGGAGCUUCGCAGGCUUCGGUCCUGUACACCACGUGCGCCGCUUGGAGAUGCUACAGAACAAGAUCACCAACAUUCGUGGGAGGUCGUUCGUCGGCUUCUCCAACGUCACUUUCCUCAGCCUGGCCGACAAUCCCAUCAAGUUCCUGUCCGGCGAGUCGUUCGUCGGCCUCGACAGCCUGAAGGUUUUGAUAUUAUUCAGAACGUGGCUGCACGAGUUUUCUACUAUAGUGGCGGCUAUCAGUCCUCACGUGCUGCCCAGUCUCGAGAUCUUGAAUCUUGGCGGCACGCAAAUCUGGCGCAUAGAGGAGCACGAUCUGGUUCCCAUGAAAAAUUCGUCGCUCAAGCACCUCCAAAUCAACCUGUGCGACAUGCUGGCGUUCAUGCACCCUCAUGCACUAAAGCCGCUCAAGCAUUUAGAGGGCUUUUACUUCAGGGACAAUUUAAACAUGCAGCUCGAGAACAUCGUCGACGUCAUCACCAACAUUACUCAAGAAACUUUUCGAGUUAUCGACGUCAGUCAGCCAGUUUCGAAGACUGCCACGUACACAAUCUUAGAAGCAGCGUCUCGGACAACGGCGGAAAUAGUUAUUUUUAUUCGGCUUACAGACGCUACGUUAAGCAAAGACUUCUUUCCCCUCAUGCCACGAGUGAAGUGUAUAGUGCUAGAGUCUGGGAAGAUAAGGGACUUUAAACCGAAGGCUGUAGCCAACCUUCCGAAUCUUGAAGAAAUAAGUUUUGUCAGGAACCAGUUUCUAGGGAUUCCUUCCGGAAUCCUGGAACCAAGACUAAAGGUAUUGGACUUGAGCGGCUACGAUCGGGGUUUUAUUCAACUCGAUGUUCCCGACUACGUAUUUGACAAAAUGUCUAACCUUAGGGAGCUUUAUCUCCGUUACAAAGCAUUGCCUUCACUAACAGAGUUUACAUUCUGGGGUUUGGUAAGCUUAGAGAACUUGGACUUGAAGAAAUGCUCUAUAGAUUCACUCCCUGAAGGAGUAUUUAAGCACCUUAAUAAGCUUAAGCACAUCGAUCUCAGUCGAAACCCUAUAUUUCGCCCCGGCUCCUCUGUUAAUAUGAGGGCGUUUCAAGGAAUAAGCUCUUUAAAGACUCUCAUACUUUCUGAAACCAAGCUAACAGACCUGACGACGUCAUUAUCAUUUGAAGAUCUUCAAAGCUUAGAGUACAUGGACCUGUCGAACAAUUCAAUAUCAGUGCUUCCCGACGGCUUCUUCGAAACUAGCCAUAACCUCGAGCAUCUGAAUCUACGCCUAAACCUCAUAGACAGUUGGAAGCCAGCAAAGUCAUCCCUAGAAAAGCUUAAGAGUUUAGAUUUGUCGGUUAACAAACUCCAGUAUCUCAGUCCCGACGUUUUGGGAAGCUUUGACCGCCUUCACAUCCUAGACCUCUCUGAAAACGUUUUUUCGUGCACAUGUGGCAUCCGCCCUCUCCUGGAGUGGCUGAAGGAUACGAACGUCACGGUACGUUAUCUGCCAUACACUACGCUGUACGCGUGUAGUGAUCCUUUAGAGCUGGGCGGGAAGGCUAUCCUCACCGUCAGCUCUCUCCUGCAACGAACGUGUAAGCCAAACGUGCUUGUCAGUAUCGCGUGUGUGGGCAUUGUUAUUCUAGUCUUCAUCAGCUUACUCAUAGCUGGCUACAUUUACAGGCGCCGCUUCGACCGCUGGCUUCGGUCGCAGUCCACGGCGUGUUCUGCCGCCAACAAGGCGUACUUGUACGACGCAUUCGUCUCCUACUCCAAUAGUGACACUCAAUGGGUCAUCAGCAGGCUGCUGCCCCAGCUCGAGUGCAGUGCUAUAGGAAACCUUAAGCUCUGCGUCUACGACCGAGACUUCGUUGCCGGACGCAACAUCAGCGAAUGCAUCCUGGAGAGCAUUAAGCAAAGCCGAAAGAUUAUCUUGGUGCUUUCCAACAGCUUCCUUCAGAGCCCUUGGUGCAAGUUCGAAACGGACCUUGCUCAGUACACGCUUCUCGAAGAGAACCGCGACGCCUUCAUCCUGCUCAAAAUCUCUCGCCUCGACGAGACGCUUCUGUCGCCAAAGCUGAACUACCUACUCAAGACGCGCAUCCACCUGAGCUGGUCUCAGUCGCCCAAGGAGGAAAUAGUUUUCUUCAACAAGCUGCACAAGGCUUUAACAGACGACGGACCUCCACCUUAUUGUGAACAAAGAGCACCGGUUGCCAUCAGAAAAUUUAUGUUCUUCAAGAAAAUCAAGAGGAAAGCCAACCUCGUCUAGUUCAGGUUCAUAAUUUCCCCAAGAUCAUGUGUUCACUGCUGUGUGCUAGGAAAUGUGUUGUGUGUGCUGCACGUAGUCAUGCGAGUGAGCAAGUCAAAUGUUUGUUGUUUUUUGCACGUCCCUCCUGUUAAAUAAAAUUGGUGCUUCUUUUCAAAG